GCCCGAUGUCAACACUCCCGCCCGCAUUGUCCCCCCUCGCAACCCGGCUAUUGUGUAUGUUACCGUACCAUACGACGGACCUCGGACUGUCGAGCUCUCCUCCCAAGUUCCCCAUCCCGAACGGAGCUUCCGCUGAUAUGCGAUGCUUUCCUUCUCUCUCCCUUCCUUAAUUCAUUCCUCCCCGUCUGAUAUCACUGGGGAUCUCUUAUCAGGCAUUGUGUGUUCGAGCUGGUCUUGUUCUUGUUCUCGUUCUCCUUCUGAUCUCCUUCAUCGUCCAUGAACAUGUUUUGUUAUUCCUCCAUCUUCCUUUCGCUCGCAACUGCUGUUCUCGCAUCCCAGCCUUCCGCAUCCGACCCUAUCCCCGCGCCGUUGCGGGAUUUGACAUGGGGCCAGCUCAAUUUCCUCCACACUACUGAUACCCACGGCUGGCUGGCCGGCCAUCUGCAAGAGCCGUCGUUCUCGGCCGAUUGGGGUGAUUAUGUCUCGUUCGCGACUCACAUGCGGGAGAAGGCGGAGGCGCAAGGAUGGGAUCUGUUGGUGAUCGAUACUGGCGAUCGUGUGGAAGGGAACGGCCUGUACGACUCGUCGGAACCGAAGGGAAUUUAUACAGCGGAAAUUCUGAAGCAUCAGCACAUCGAUCUCCUUUCGUCCGGGAACCACGAGCUUUACAAGCAAAACACCUCCGAAGCCGAGUUCUUGACCACGGUUCCUAAUUUCAGAGGAAACUAUCUCGCAUCGAACAUCGAUAUUUACGACCCCCAGACCCAACAAUUGGUCCCCUUGGCUCCCCGAUUCAAGAAAUUUACCACCAAAAACCAGGGAAUUCGGAUUGUCGCCUUCGGCUUCCUAUUUGACUUUACGGGCAACGCCAACAACACGGUAGUACAGCCAGUGGAGGAGACGAUCAAAGAGGACUGGUUUCAGGAGGCCAUCCGGGAUAAGGAUGUCGAUUUAUUCUUGGUGGCAGGUCAUGUUCCGGUCCGCUCGAAGGAAUAUCUGGCGAUAUUCAAGGAGAUCCGAAGUAUCCGAUGGGACACUCCCAUUCAAUUCUUCGGUGGCCACUGGCAUAUCCGAGACUACGUCAAGUACGAUGCUCAGGCAUAUGGCCUGGCCAGCGGCCGCUUCAUGGAGACCGUUGGAUUCAUGUCUAUCGAUGGUCUCUCUACUGCUGCCAAUCCCAGUUCGAAGACGCCCAGCUUCAACCGUAAAUAUAUUGACAACAACCUCUUCUCCUACUAUCACCAUACCGGCUUGGACGCAGAUACGUUCCCCACUGCACAUGGGCAGAAUGUAUCCCGUCUGAUUGAAGAAUCCCGGCGCGCACUUCAUCUUGAUCUGGUGCAUGGUUGCGCGCCCAAAGAUCUUUGGAUGACUCGUGCCAAGUAUCCAAGUGAAGACAGCAUUUACACUUGGUUGGAGAAGGAUGUCCUCCCCGGCUCAGUGCACGAUGCCUCCCGAGCUGACAAACCCGCACUGGCCAUAAUCAACACGGGUGCUAUCAGGUUUGACAUCUUCAAGGGACCAUUUACGCAGGACGAUGUCUACAUUGUGUCCCCGUUCACGAGUGGGUUCCGGUAUGUGAAGGACGUCCCUUACAAUACUGCCCAAAAGGUUGUGGAGGUCUUGAAUAAGCAGCCUCAAGUUUUCACAGAGGCAUCUUCCAAUGAUGCCCGGAGGGUUCCUCUGACCCCUCCAGAGCAGUUGGCCUUCGCCCAUGACGUACAGUAUGAAGACUUCAAUGCGGCGACCUCAAUCGACGUGGGGAGAGCCGCAUCUCAAGUUCCGCUUUCCGCAGACUCGGAGCCAGAACUGGUUCCUGGCUACACGACACAUGACGAUGCGGGCGAUGAUGGCGAUGAUACCGUCCAUUCGCCAAUUUCCUUCUACCGCGUUCCUAACUGUAUCCAGGCUUUUGUGCCGGGCCCUUCUCAGGGUUCGUCCGAGCCUGAGACUGUAGAUCUCGUCUAUCUUGACUUUAUCGAGCCGUACGUGACGAUUGCGGCCAAGUUCGCCGGGCUGGAUGUAGACUUCAAAAAGGAUGCCGAAGUCUACAUGGCAGGGAAGACACUAACCAGCACGAUUCUCAGUUGGAUCCAAAAGAACUGGCAAUGCGAACAGUAGAUGGGUCACUGUAACUUCAGUAUAACACAACUUUGUUACGUGCAGAAGUGUAGACGACCAUAGCAUAGCUCGACAGA